AUGUUGUCGAUCACCGAUAGCCUUUGCGCACGAACAAAUCUCCCAGCUAUCCAUUCUUACUCUAUUAUAUGCUCAGUUAUCUGCAUUGUGAUAAUAGCAUGCUAUCCUUUGACCAAAGUGCCUCUUCCUGGAAAUGCUCCACUGGAAUAUGCCACUCCAGUUCAGACUUUCCUGGAACAGAGGCAAAUGAUCUCUCUUGGAAAAGGUUUUGAAAAAACUAGUACAGAUCAAAAAGCACCACCAAGAUGGUAUUCUGGCAUUCCAAUUGGCUUUGUUCAGCAAAUAGUUUUUAAGGGAACUGUAUCUCCAUGGAAUCCUGAUCAAAUGAUUGCAAUGGAUGCAUUUCGUGCUCCACUUGCUAAAGUGUUUGAAAUCAUGGAUGAGUUGAAUUCUUUCAAGUUUACAUACAGGAAUGUUGAAUAUAGUCUACCUGAUUUCUGUCUUCAUAUAUCUGAACCUCUUGACAAAUCCCUCCAAGACUGCCUACCAUCCUUCACAUGCUUGGUCCUUUCUCCAGCCAAUUUGUGGAAUGUGGAUAGCAGUAGUUUCCGAGAUGAUGCUGAAUUAAUGAAAACUAUAACUCAAAAAUUUGGGCAGACUUUGGACACUCCACCAAAUGUUUUAGAUAUUUUUUUUGGAAUUCCUUGGAAGGCAACUGGUCUGAAAAAGUAUUAUAUUCGAAAUCGACGAAGAAUAAUUUCAUUUGCUGUUACAAUCAUUUUUAAGUCUGAAUCAUAUAAUCAUAAAUUCAUCCAAAGUUUGAGACAUAGGCUAGAAGCUUUGUUUCUUAACAAUGUACGGAAUGCCAAUAAUUCUGCAAUUGAUCAUCUGGUCCAUAUUUACUUCAAAGAUUUCAACUAUUUUGUUGAAUACACUCCUUUGAUGGUUACAUAUUUGGUUCUUUUGUUAUAUUUGUAUUUUUCUGUCCGAAAAAUUGAAAUGGUGAAAUCAAAAUGGGGUCUUGCAUUGAGUGCUGUUGCAACUGUAAUUGCAUCUCUUUUGAUGUCUGUCAGUAUAUGUACCUUAUUCGGAUUAACUACUACACUGAAUAGAGGUGAAAUCUUCCCUUAUCUUGUGGUAAUUAUUGGCCUGGAAAAUGUGUUAGUUCUUACAAAAUCUGUUGUAUCUACACCUGUUCAUCUUGAGGUAAAAUACAGAAUAGCACAAGGUUUGAAAAAAGAAGGUUGGUCCAUUACAAAAAACUUAACCACAGAAUUACUUAUCAUAUUAGUUGGCUUUUUCACUUUUGUUCCUGCAAUUCAGGAAUUUUGCCUUUUUGCUGUCGUUGGCCUCCUGACAGAUUUUUUUUUGCAAAUGGCAUUCUUUGCUACAGUUUUGUCUGUUGACAUUCGGAGAAUGGAGUUGUCUGAUUUGCACAAACAAACUAUCCACCCGGGCAUCACAGGUGGUGAGGGUAACUGUGAUCCCAAUGAUCCAUUGGGAGCUGAACAACAGGGAGUCAAAUCUAGUACUGCUCAUAGCAGCAGACAGAGUGUUUCCAGUGCAGAGACUUCAUCUUUUGCCUACAUGGAAGAUGAAUUCUUUAAUAAUCCUACUAUUUUGCAGUUGCCAAGACGACUACAGGUGUGGUUCUUUUUGGCAAGGACUAGAAUUGUGCAGCGUCUUAUCAUGUUGGGAACUGUUAUUUGGAUUAUUCUUAUUUUGUACAAAGCAGGACUCAUAGCUUAUCUGACUAAAUCCAUAAUGAGUACAAUUGAUGACAGUUGGUUGUCAAAGAAUAUGACUGGUGAUGAAAAUUCCCGAUUAUAUUUGGGAGGUAAAUAUGAUGAUGACACUGGUUCUCUAGAACAUGCAGAUUUAGAAAUGUGGCGACAACUUUCCUAUAAACACUGGCCAACAUUUUUUGGUUACUACAAUAUGAGUGUGUGUGGCAGAUUUGUGACUAUUCUUCCAAGCAUCCACUUGUCAGCUGUGAUCAGUCCUCAAGAUGCUCUAAAAUUCCGUCAUCCCAAUGAGGAACUCCGUGGUGGGAAUUUAGACGGGGCUGUUAAUAGGGAGGAAUACUUAUCUGGCAUGGAGAGUGGCAGAUUUGCACGUUAUUAUAUGUUUGAAGGAGAGUCUCUACUCACAGUGUGUCUUGGUCUUCUCAGUGUUUUCCUUACAGCCUAUUUUAUGUUCAUGCUCUACAGGUGUCUCUGUUCUCGAAGGUAUGAUAAAUGGAGACAAAACUGGAAUAAGUCACGGCAUUGGCGUCGGAAAGGUGGGGAACGACCAAGUAGUUAUGUGAAGCAGAUACAAGAAUCCAUUCCAUUGAUUUUAAAGGGCCACCUACAAGAUGUAGAAUGUGUCAAGACUGAUGGUCAAUUGAUUGUCAGUGCUUGUCUUGGAGGGAGUCUUCUGGUAUGGGAUUCUUUUACAGGAGAAUGCAUUACUGAAAUCCAGAGAUGCAUUGCAUCUUCUAUGAAGAGAAUUGCAAAUUUUGGUCAAAGCGUUGACAAUGAUUUUGAUUUGCCUGUAGAAAAUCAAACUGAAGGCAGUCCAAAUUCUGAAUUCCUUUAUGGUUUUGAGACCACCUCAACUUCUGGACUGGACAGAAAUAAUCAGUCUUUCUUUGAUGAACUGCCAGAUUUGUCAAGUACCAUUGAGAGUGAUUUUGCCACCAGUGCAACAUCUUCACCAUAUGGGACUCCAGAUAUGCAGGCCCUUAAUAACUCACAGGGUUUCAAUUUUGGUGCCCGUUUUGACGGAGUUUAUAAAGAACACAUGAGCCUGAUGGAACAAGAAAAAACUUUUCGAAGUAAGAAAAAACAAACUGAAUUCUCAGAUUUGGAGUUUUCUUUUGAUGAUAUUGACUCAAGAAAUAGUGGUUCAGCUGCAGUUGUUUCUACUGAGGAAAAUGUUUUCAAUGAAGCUCCUGCUAUUUGGUGCCUUUGCUUCAAAGAUGAUCUUAUUAUUGUUGGUUGUGGAAAUGGAACAAUUGAGCUGUGGGAUGCCAGCACAGGGAAUUUGAAGUGCCUCUAUGAGGAGCACAAAGCCAGUGUAACUGCCCUUUGUAUGGAAGGCAGCAGAUUAGUUGCUGCCAGAUUGGAUGGGAGCAUUGAUUUCUUUAAUUUGGAAACUUGUUUCAAUCCUGCCUCAAAGUCAUCUCAACUAUCAGGACUUCAUACACGAGGUUCAGUUCGCCAUCCGUCCAGUCAUAGUAAUAAUAGUAGCAACAGUAAACCUGGAAGAGGAGAGGUUGGAGAAAAAAGAGAUACUUUGUGGGAAAUCUUGCACUGUAAAUUAUUGACCCACAUCCAGGCACACCAGAAACCAAUCACUGCCCUUCAUUUAGAAGGUGGACGUGUUGUAUCAGCCAGUGAUGACCGGACUCUUAAGGUAUUUCGGUUAGAAGACUGGAUGUGCCUCUACACACUCUAUGGUCACCAUGGUAGCAUAACAGCCCUUUAUUUAGACAAGGGCCCUCCUUAUUCCGCUGCUAGUGGCUCUAAAGAUACUACAGUCCGGUUGUGGGAUUUACUAACUGGGUGCUGUGUACAUAAACUCUGUGCACAUGAUGAACCGGUCAUCUCUUUAACGUGCUCUCUACAUUAUGUGAUUAGCCAAGGCCAAGAUUACAGGUUGUGUGUCUGGAAUCGAAGUAGAGGCCAGCUCUUACAUGAUAUACAGUUGGAAGUUGGUCUUUAUAGUCAGCAGAUGGUUUUACUGACUGAUAAGCUCCUUGUGCUCGGAGGUCAGGGUUAUUUAUAUCUUUGGGAUAUAUACCGUGGCCAAUUGAAAAAACAAGUGAAAUUGGGAAGCAGUGACGAUGCAGACUGUGUUCGGUUUAUCCAAGUCAUUGACCACACAGUUGUUUGUGAUUAUGGCAAUGAGUUAAGAGUCACCAAUUUCCCUACAGUCCUUGAAAAGAAUGAUUGA